AUGUCUGUUGUAAUAAGCUGAUAAUAAGAAAGAAGAAAAAGAUUUAAUUUUAUUUAAGUUUAAGGUUCACUUAUAUUAUUUCUGAGAGUAUAAGUCCCUGCAUUUUUAUUUCAUAACUCGUGUUGGGUCUGCCUAAACUGAACAUUUCUACAUUUUAGGCCUUUUUUUUUUUUUUCCACAGAAGCUAAAUUACAUGAAUGAUGGCUGGAUUGCAUUUAGCUGCUUCAGUUUCAGGGUCCUCCUAUUGUUCAUGCUGGUUCACUGUCAUGACUCACUGAGAAGAGAAGGAGCCAUCGGUAAGGUUAUCUGUAACACCCAUGCUUCUCCUCCUCUGAUGAGUCAAAAAGCAGACAAGUGCAUCAUGUACCAAAAGCACUACGAACCACAAAAUGCUCACGUUUACUCUCUCAUUUUCAUUGCUGUAAAGUAUUUUACAAAUACAUGGUGUGGAAAGCCUGUCGGAUGCUACUGUAACGAAUCCUAAAAUACUCAGAGUUGAAAAUGUUGGUUUAACUGUAAUUUUGUGGUGCUGAUUGAUUGUAUGUGUUUUAUGUUAUCACGCCAAACUAUAGUCUCCAAAUCUCCAUAAAGCCUUCAAUAAAAACUGAGCAUUAUAGCCUUCUUGAAAAUAGGAUUUAUUAAAGGGACUCUUGCAUUGAAUUUGAACUGCAUUAGUUUUUGUUAGAUACACCUAAUAAGCUGGCAGCUGGGUCUAACAUUACCUUUAACUCGCGCACAGCAGCUUGAUCUUUCUGUAUUUUUAUCCGGAUCACUAGCACAUGAUGCGUGUUUACAUGACCUGUGUGUAACUUGUGUUUCUAACGCAAAAACGACCCUUUCUAGGCGCUCAUGUCUAACAGGAUGCCGUAGUAGUGUGCUCAAAUGAAUACAGAAGUGCUACUUGAAGAGAUUAAAAAUCCAAUAUGAGGGCAAUAUGAGCCCAGCCCUGAGCACCACAUGCACACCAUUAUCUCCCUGUGGGAAUAUCACCACCUUUUUUUUUCCUCCUCUUCUGGAGCUUUAUGAUGAUCGAGGCGGACCAUGACAAUGCGCGCCGUGUGUGUCUGACGUAGGCUGGCGGAGGAGAAAAACACAGACAACCCCUUCCAACACUGAGAGAUAGGAGGAGGAGGAGAAAGGAGUAUAUUUAUUUGUAUACCGGGAGAAAUAGCGGUGGUUGUUUUCAGCAGAGCGGCGAUUGUACGUGAAGCGAGCGGCGGCCUGAGGAUGCACAAUAGAGCAUCUCGCAUACGCCGUGUUUAAUUGCGGAUCAGAGCAGAGGAGGAGGAGGAGGAGGGGGGCGAGAGCACAACAAGGAAGACAAGGAGACGCUCUUUAUUACAGGGAGACAAGCGGAGAGUGGUGGAGGUGGUGGUGGUGGUGGGGAGACACAGACAGCGUGAGCCCGGAGACGGCACAGACCGUGGCGGCGGGGACAGGAGAGAGGAGAACACCGACAGUCGGCAGCGUCGCUCGGAUGGUGGUGUUGUUGCUCCGGACGCGGCGACGAUGCGGCCACACUGCUGGGUGAUGGUAGUGCUGGCGGGGAUGAUGUCGUACUUCAGCCCGGAGAGAGCCCUCGGAGUCCCGCAGAGGGAAGUUUCUCAGUCCAGGGCUGCGUCCCUCUCUCCUCCACCCUACGUCGUCAUCCUCAUCUCUUGCUCGGGGCUGGUUUCUUUUGUUCUGCUGCUCCUGACUUGCCUGUGCUGUAAGAGAGGAGGAGUGGGAUUCAAUGAGUUUGACAAUGCAGACGGGGAAGAGUGCUCUGGAGGCUCCAGUCCCAUCCAGGAGGACAGCCUGUCGUCAUGUCCCUCCCUCCCUGAGGUCUACACCUUGCCAGUCAGAGACAGGCCCAGCUGCCCCGCCCUGCAGGAUGGAGCAGAUUCCAAGUCUCAAUGCUUCAAAAGGCACACUUUAAACUACCUUCAGGAGAUAGGAAAUGGCUGGUUCGGAAAGGUGAUCCUGGCUGAAGUGUUGUGCGACUGCAGCUCCUCUCAGGCCGUCGUGAAGGAGCUGCGUGUCAGUGCCAGCCCUCUGGAGCAGAGGAAGUUCUUGGCUGAGUCUGAGCCGUACAGGAGCCUUAAACAUCCCAACAUCCUUCAGUGUCUGGGCCAGUGCAGUGAGAGCAUCCCUUUCCUCCUGGUUAUGGAGUUCUGUCAACUGGGUGACCUGAAGAGGUAUCUGAGAGCCCAGCGGAAGUCAGACGGGAUGACCCCUGACCUGCUGACUCGGGACCUCUUGACUCUGCAGAGAAUGGCUUUUGAGAUCACCUCUGGUCUGCUGCAUCUUCACGAAAACAACUACAUCCACAGUGAUCUGGCUUUAAGAAACUGCCUGCUCACCUCAGACCUCACUGUUAGGAUAGGCGACUAUGGCCUUUCACACAACCAUUAUAAGGAGGACUAUUACCUGACUCCAGACAAGCUAUGGAUCCCACUACGCUGGAUUGCUCCUGAGCUGCUGGAGGAGUACAGAGGAUCUCUCAUUGUUACUGACCAAACCAAGACCAGCAAUGUGUGGUCUCUGGGGGUGGUUAUAUGGGAGCUGUUUGAGUUUGGCUCGCAGCCCCACAGGCACCUGAGCGACGAAGAGGUGCUGACCUUUGUCAUUAGGGAGAGACAGAUCACCCUGGCCCAGCCCAGACUGAAACUCUCCCAUGCAGACUACUGGUAUGAGAUCAUGCAGUCCUGCUGGCUACCUCCAUCUCAACGCCCUUCUGUAGCAGAGAUAUUCCUCCUCCUCUCCUCCCUCCUGGCCGCUGAGCGAGGAAUAGCAAGAGGAAGUGUUGGGGAAGAAGAUGAAGAGGAUGAGGAAUAUGAGGAGGGCAGAGGAAGGAGAGGAGAGAGUGAGGAGUCAUUUGAAAGACGCUGGGACUUACUCCGUCCACCCGCCUUUCAGACUGCUGCAAACGAGCGGCAAAGGGAGAGAGACUACAGCAGAGAAGACAGAGACAACUCCUACCCCCUGCUGGACCCUGUGGGGAACUGUAUCACCCCGUCUUCAUCUGAACUGGAUGACAUCCUGACAGUCACUGAAACCAGCAAAGGCUUGAAUUUUGAGUAUUUCUGGGAAAAGGCUCAUGCCAGACGAGGCUACAAGCCUCUUCCUCCUCCUCAGCCAAUCCCAACUGUGAACAAUAACCACAGACAGUCUUUGGACACUCCCACAGUGGUGCCAGUGAUAAGCGCCCGGAGCCCCUCCCUCGCCAGUGAGUAUUACAUCAGAUUAGAGGAGCACACUCCCCAGGACAAGUCGCCAGCUCUUAAAGGAAAGACCCUUUCCUCUUUCCGUUCAGACUUGAUUUGUCCUGGAGACAUGGAGCUGGUGGAGAUUCGCAGUGGAAUGCUGGGAAAAGAGCGAGUCCCUUACUGUUCUUCUGGCAAGAGUGGAAAGGGCCUCCAGACUGUCAAAUCAAGUGAGGUUCAACUAGAGGUACCCAACACAGGUGUGGCUGAAUUCAGAGACACUUUGAACAGAGUGACUGACUUCUCAGUGGUCGAUUUAGGGGAUGACGAUGAAGAAGAGGAGAAGAAAAAGAGUAGUGAGGCAGAUAAAAAGUCAUCCACGAGUUCUCAAGCCCCAGUCCUUCCUCCCAAGCCUCGUUCUAUGUCCAUGUCAUCAGCCAACCACCUCCACUCACGCCCCCUCCCCGCCCCUCCACUCGGAUAUAGAGGAUUGCCUCAUUACACCCUCACUGGAAAAAUUGAAACAGAUCCCCAUCACAUGAGCAGCUGCCCACCUUCUACCUUUGAACACCUGGGGCUCCAUCGAGCCCGACAGACUCUACCCCCUUCUCCAUCCCUCUCCCCCUCGCUUCCCCCAUCGAGCCAUCCAAUUUACCCCCAGCCUCCUCAGAUGUGUCCUCCUCCUCUCCCUCCCCACUCCAAACCACAAAGAAGCUGCCCCAGCUACAACACAGCAGACACUUAUUCAAGGUACAGUAAGCUGCAAAUGCAGAGAACCAAUAGAGACCCUCUAACCUGUGACUUGUCUGACCGAGAGGAUGGUACCAGGCACUCAGCAUCAUUGCACAACUCCAAGGAGACUUCUCAUUCUCGUCCAAAAGACUUUGACUCCCCUAUUCGUAGGGAAAACCCAUUGCGCCCUAUUUAUCGUAAUUUGCCCCGCACACAUCCCGCAAACGUCCAGAUUGACAGACAGUCUUCAUCCAGUCCCACCUACUCAGAUGAGGAUGACUCUCCCUUCAUGUCCCCUGAGAGACUCAGCAGUGGUACCACUAUCGCUCACUCUAGCCUGUCUGAAGAUGCAGACCCAGGCUGUGCAGAGCUCUUCUCCAGGGGAAUGAAGAGGACUCAGUCACGCCUUGACACCAUCCUGCCCACCAUUUGGAAGGAAGAUGCUGAACUUCAGGCAGAACGAGUGUCUGCAGCCAAGAAAUCCCCCAUGCAUCUGUUUCUGACAGAGAUAUCGAAUGUGACAGAGUCUAGUGAGUCCAAGUCAGAAGCUUCAUGGGAAGUAGAGAAGGAAGAGAAAAGAGAUGGAGAGAGAUGGGGGAACUUUAUGCUGCCUAACAGAGGGAUGCGCCGCUCCCAGUCGCUGAUCACAGAGCUGGGGUCAGCAGCACAGUCAUGGCGGGCAGAGAAAUGCAACAACAGAACAGGACCUGAAGAGAUGAACACAGUCUCUAAAGAAUCAUUCCAGGGGGAUCUUUUCCUUACAGAAAUUGACACAGGAAGAAUGGACACAGACCUGGAAGGAGGACCAGAAAGUGAUCCAGUAAAAUACCUCUAUCCUGCAGGAUCCAGAUUGCGGCCCUAUGUCUGUGCACCAGGCCUUCCCUCAUACACUGACGCUGAGGAAGCCUAUUCAAAGGGUAUACGGAGAUCCCGCUCUCUCCUCUCUGAGAUCACCAUCGGAAAGCAGGAGUGUGAUCUGCAGCAGACUGAGAAGGAUACACGGAAAACAGAGAUGACCAGAGAGGAAUUCUUGAAGGAGAUCCAGUCAGCAGAGACCUUCCUUACUGAAAUCAUAUCAAGACAAAACGCUGCUGCAGACAAAAAGGAAGCAGACUCAUCCUACUCUCCUACUCCAUUGUCUCCUGAAUAUGAGUCCCUGUGCAUUGACCCCAACUCUGCUCAGACCAUCAGCUUUCAGUCAGAGAGCUCCAUGCGAGCAAAAGGCAAAGAUGACACACAAACUGAGGCCAUCUAUGCUCAAGUGACCAAGCGAGCUAAAAAGAGUGAGAUAAAGAUUUCUAUGAAACCUGAGAUCCCAAUCCUUCACAUAGGAUCAAAUAAACAACCUCUUAAAGUGGAAAGCCAAGAAAGCAAUACUGACUACUGUCAGUCUGGUGAGUUUGUGUUUUCAGAAAUUAUGCCCAAAAAUGGUCUUCUACACAACCAGAAAGAAGCAGAGGAGUGUUCAGAAGGCCCUGCCUUACCUGCCAGAGGAGAGCAAAAAGAUCACUUAGAGCACCCUCCUCCUCCUGAGUCCACUGAGGAUGUAAAAGAAUCCAACAUUAUGCUGCAGCAUGAGAGCAAAUCGCUAAUUACAGAUGAAACAGAUGCUCCAAAGGGUGCUGUUAUAAGCAACGGUGAGAUAAUGAAAAAAGACCUACAGGACAUCAGCCCUGACAGAGGAGAUCAAACAUGUGCAAAGACUGAUAGCAUGUAUAACAAUGUUGACAAUGAAAACUACCACCACUGUGAAGCUUCUGCACUGGACUCUGAACACAUCACAGCAGAUGAUGAUUUCGAAAACUCAAAAAAUCUGGGUUCUCAAAAUAACGAUGAAAGCUUUACAGAGACACAAAGAGAAAACCUAAUUCAACACAAUGACUCUGAAGAAGAGCACUGUCACAUUGCUCAAAAGGUACCUACUCCUGCUGGCACUCCAGACUGGGACCCAUCCUCCGACAUCUCAAUCGUUACCCCCACCGACUCGGUCCUGUCACCUAUGACUUCCCACUCAGCUGACUGCCUCACACCUAGUGACUCAUGGAUGAGUGGGGGAGGUGGAGUGGGAAACGGCGGGUGGCGAGCCCUGGGAAACGAAACACCGCAUAGAGACUCUGCCUAUUUCUCUGACAGUGACUGGGAGGGGGACGGGAUGAACAGGAGGAGCAGUGAUGGAUUGAUCACCUCCAGACCGAGCAACGGUCGAGGAGGGGAUCGGGGGACGCUGACAGGGAUAGAGGAAAAAACUGAGGAGGAGGGAGAGAUGGGAGAAAAGAGCCCCUUAAGAAAUAGUAUACACAUGUCAGAUAAGAAGGGUGAAAGUGGAGAAAAGAUGACUAUUGAGAUGUGUGAGGAAAAAAGUGGUCUAUCUCAAAAUGCUCUGGAAAACGCCAUCUCUCAUCUUGAUGAUGACAAGAAUAUUCUAAACAAAGGGCUGGAGUCAACACAGAGAGAUGAUUCUGGCAUUUUCCCAAAUGAGAUCAAAAAGUCAACACUGCUGUUUGAUGAUCCUCAGGCCAACGACUGUGUUGACUUAAUUGAUAAGGUUUUCUCGGAAUUAGAUGAUGAAUCACAGAAAGGGCUCCCACACUUCACAGACGGCAUCGUCUCUCAGAUAACAGAGUGCAAAUACCAGGACUCUGCAGAGAAUAAUUUACAUCUGCAUUCCAAGAGCAUUGUUGAGACAGAUAUUUUGAUCACGUCUGUGUCUGGCAGCCAGUCAAAGGAUUACGUAUUAAGGCCCAGCGACAAUGAUUUAACAAUUGCUACAGAGAUGGAUAUUGAUCUCUCUGCACUGAACCGCCUCAAGUGUGGAAAUGACACUGUGGAAUCUGUUACACCAACACAGGUCGACAACAAAGAGUCAAAAUUAUCUAAACUGUACGGCAUUCAAUCCCCUUAUGCCAAACUUAGCGAUGAAACCCUGUCAGAAGUUGAGCCAAGUGACGAUGGGAAGACAGGUAUUGAAGAACCCGAGAGACAUGAAGAGGGACCUGGUUUAGAUCACAAUGAGCUGGGUCUGAGAAACCUGCACUGCUCAGAUGGCAGCGAGGACAAAAAGGUCAUGACAGAGGCAGAGAAACAGCUGGCUGCAGCAGAGCUGAGUAAUGGCAUGAAGGAAAAGUCGCCCCUGAGAGGAGCGGCAAGUUGGACGGACUCGGCUAACAAUCCAGGUAAAGACCUCUGUGAAGGCCUGGAUGUGAAAACUAAAGAGUUAUGGAUUGCACUGGAGGAGGAUGAAGAACGUACAGGAUCUGCUGUGGUUAGGGGAGAGUUUGACUGCCACCGUUUUUCACAAUCAAGGGACUUGCGUUUGUGGCCUGAUGAAAAUGACCAGUGGGCCUCUCCUGAAAGGAGGUGCCAAGACACUGAACUAAGAUCUGAAUUAUUCUCUGGGUUCGGCAACAAGGCCUGGGAGGUGGGAGAGAGACUCGUUGUGGGACAGGAGUUUUGGGAGACUGAAGAAAACGAUGAACUUGCUGAAAGUGAACCUCAUCCUGCUGUCUUGGAGGGCUGUGAAGAAACCUGGAAUGAUGAAACACAAGGACUUGCUGAUAAUCUUGUCAUGAAGGAAAAGUGGGACUCUGAAGAUGGUGGUGAACAACAGACUGUACAACAAGAGGAAAAUAUUGAGAACCUUGGAGAAAUUGUCAGCUUUAACCCAGACGUGAAAAGAGAAAUCUUAGACAUCGAAGUAGAGAAUAUAGAAAUCCCAGAGAAGGAGACUUUGGAGGAAGGAAAGAUUUUGUCAUGUCCAGAGAGAGUCAGAGACAGGGAAGGUCUGCCAGACUCCACAGAGAUGGAGGAGAAUCAAAAUUUUAACAGAUGGCCUCAGAAUCACCCUUGCAAAAUACAAGAAGAGGAACAGACAUCGGCUGAGCGUGUUGACAAAGAGACAAGCUCUAAUUUGGAGAAUGACUUUAGUCAAACUUUAGAGAAUAAAAGCUCAAAUAUAUCUAUUUGCAACAGCGAAGGUCCUCACAUGAACUUUGCAGAACUGGAAAAUGUUGAGUCUGGCUUAGAUUCAGAGACUGAAAUGAGACCGUGGCUUGCUGGGCAAUACAUAGAAGAGAGAGUGGGUAUGAUGAGCACAGAGGAGGAUUACAGAGACUCGCCCCUUCCAUCCAAUCCCAUCUCUUGUUCCAGUGACCUUGAUGUGCAUGCAGAGAUAGAUCAGUCAUAUCCACAGGUAGACAAUUUCAGCUCAGUAGAUUUUCCUAGUCCUCCACCAAGCAUAGACCUUGAUGUGCAAGAUGAUAAAUUGGAGAGUUUAGAUGACUCUUUUCCUAGUCCGCCACCAUCUGUUAUAGAGGCAGAGGAGUUUAUUAGUCACAUUAAUCUGGAAGACUUUACUGCUAGCACUGAGACAGAGCUGUAUAUUUCCACAACUCACAACACAGAUAUCUCAGAGCCACCUGCUACAACUCAGAGUAUAGGAAUCUCAGCCAAUCUAAACCUCCCCUCUGUGCAUAUAACACUGGCCGAUGAUAGCAACCUUACACCCGACACUGAAAAGCAUGAUGAACGUAACGACCUGUUCCAGAAAACAUCAUCUGACAGCCCGUCUUCUCCCCAAGUUCCACUCAACAAUCUCCCAGAGUUACUGAUUUCUGAGUGGAAGGAUUUGGAUGAGGAACCCCUGGAGGAUUUUGAAAAACUGGAACAACUGUGCUGCAUAUCUGGGGAUGAGGAGGACUCUUUGGGUGAUCUUUUCCUGGGGAACCUGGAACUCCUGGAGUCUUUGAAGAAAACGCCUGAUCAGAAAGGCAGCAAUGUUGGUGAUAGUAAUACAGGCGAGGGGAGCAGGAUGGAUGUGAAGGAGGACGAGUUCUCUGAUAAUUCUGAUAAGCUGGCAGAGUCUGUGCCAUAUAUGAUCCUGGAUCCUCGGGACAAACUAUCAUCUCAAGAGGAGAGGAAUGACGGGCAGAGAUCCCCAGGCCAAACAUCUGAUGUCAAAGACCAGGGAUCUCUCUCAAAGAUGACAACAAAGAAUGGCCUCAUGAUGCAGGUGUGUGAGGAGAGGCUGCAGUUCUCCCUCAGUGAGAAUGUGAAAACAAAUGUGCUUUGGGGAUCGACUGUUAAAGACACAGUGAUGCUCCGGCCGUGGGGGGAACAAAUCACAGAGGACAGCACUGAGCUGGUCACAGUGAAAGAGCAAAAAGAGGAUGAAAGCCACAAGGAGCAGGAAACUACCCCCAGCAUUCAGCCACACACUGAGUCAGAUGAAACUAAAGCAGAACCACUCACUGUGAUUGAGCAGCCUGAGGUCUCAACCCCUCAGCCUACUGCAAACCAGGCAAUGAAAGCAAAACUAGCUCGUCUGUCACUCGCCCUCCCUCCUCUUGCUCUGACUCUUCCCCUCACCCCCACCGGUAAAGGAGGAUUCGGGGACGGUGCAAUUGGAAAUCGGAUUGGAAGACGGAGAGGACUGUCCUCGGGAAGUGACCCUGACGAUGAGGAAGAGGACGAGCAGGAGGACGAAAGCUCCCGGAGGGUGAUCGUUGUCACAGAAACAGACGUGGACAAGCGCGUCGGGCUGAGGAGUCUGCUGAAAUCACCCAAGGAAUCCAUGGACAGAGAGAAGGACAGAGGAAGAAAUGUCUCCUUUUUUGAUGAUGUCACAAUCUAUCUUUUUGAUCAGGAAACUCCAACCAAUGAGUUGAGUACUUCAGCGCCCACUAGUCCAGCCCCAGUGUCUGUCAAAAGCACCAAGUUGGAUUUGCGUGGGCCAAACGUCAAGGGCAAAGAAUCAAAAAGGAAAGAAGAUUUAUCAAUCAAACCAAGGUCGCCUGUGGGGGCCAAUCCAGUGACAUCAUCACGCUUCACUGUCAGCCCUGCCAACGACCCCCACUUGGUGUGAUCUAAUAUGUCAUCGUGGGAACCUUUAGAGCCGAAACCCUCUUGGACUGGCAAGUGAAUUAACCCCAACAACCAGCCAUUCACCCAGAGGCUAUUUUUUUAUUGAAUAGGCGACUGAAAGAAUGAGACUCCCGUUCUAAAAGCUGGACACAUUCCAGGUUUUACCAGCGACAGGAUUUUGUAUGACAGGGCUUGUUGUGCUCCCGCCUGCCACUAUUUACAGAGUUUAUUCAUAGCCUUCAGCUACAGAAGUCUUUGGAAAAGGCAGCAUAUGUUAGGAGAAGAGGAGCCUGGAGCUUUGUAAAAUCUGAAACAGAUUUGACAGCUAUGCAGUGGGAGUCUUGCUGUGUACCAGCUUACCUUCUCUUUUUUCUGCUUCAUUUUGUUGUAUUAUUCCCCAUAUGUGUGGGGAAUGCACUUUCUUUCGUCAUUAAUCUGUCUAUGUAAAUGCUCGGAUUCCAGUCCUCUCUUUAUUAAAGACGUUUUUCAUUGCAGUCAGUCAGUUGUUCUUGUAGGCAGCAGUUUGGAACAGAAAUCGCUUGACUCCUGUAUUUGAGAAUACUCAUUUGCAUUUGUACAAAUAUCAUAAUACAAGUGUAUACAAUAUCAUUUUAGAGCUGUUUACUUUUAGAUGUAUUCUUAGACUGCACGAAAAAUUAAACAAGCUAUGCUUCUUUAUACUUUUAGUUCUAAAAAGAUUUCUCUGGCGUUAUUGCAAUUUGUUUAUAUAUUUAUUAUAUUGUUUUACUUAUUUAUGUAAAGCCAGUUUACAUGCAAUAUUUUAUUUAUUUGGUUAUUUAUUUAAUUUAUGAAUCUAUUUAUUUAUUUGCUUUUCUGCAAUUAACAUAUAUUAGUUAUAAUUUGUUUGGGACAGAAUGCGUUUAGGUUAUACAUUCUCUAAGAUCUUCAUAACAAAUAAAUCAAAAAUAUUUUCCCAAACGUCUUAAUUGCUAAAAAAAAAAAAAGAAGUAUUUUGUAUAAUUUUACUUGUUAAUAUAUGCCAAUCUGUAUGGAACUAUGUCCUGUAAUGUAGUGUCAUUAUUUUCCAAUGUCUAUGGAUUUUUAGCUGUCUUGUCAUUCUUUUACCUUGUUUAAUGUAGCUUAGCAUGAAAAGUCAAAGCCUUUCAUCAGUAAAUAACUCCAUUUGUUUGUGUAUCUGUUAAUUUACCCCAUUUUCUACUAACGACAAGUCCAUCCUACAGUCGAAACCCAGCUAGUUCAUUGGUUUAGUCUAUUUAAAUGUUGGUUUAAAACCUGUAUUGUUUAAAGAAUGGUUUUCAAGGGAUAAUGUAUAAACAAGGGGAAAUAAAAACUUAAAAAUGUGAACCUCUUACUGAACUGU